GGGCUUGCCCUUCCAGGAUCUUUUCUGUGGCCUUGUCCAGCAUUAGCCUGGUGAUAGCCACCUUGCUGGACAUGUGGACAGCUGUGCUAUUAGCCUUUUCUCGCUGCACCUUUUCAGCGUAGGUGACCAGAUGACCUUGCCACUCCGCUGUCUCUGUAGUGUCCUCACACAGCCUGAGCAUCAUCAUCUUUUCAAAUGUGCAGAGAUCAAAGGGGCAUUACACCUGUGUGUCAGCUCAUUGGAAGGAGGGGACGACAUCAUCUUCCUAAGCCGAGAGAGCGCACUGAAACGCUGCUUGCUUGCUUCAGUCAGAAGUCACCAAUGGCUGCAAAGGGAAGAGCUGUUGUUUCCUAUUUAACAAGCCUCAGAAUAACCUGGUUUACCUAGGAGAGAGGCAGAGGUCGGUUUGCGCUAGAUCUUUGCAAAGUCUGUGUCACUGUGUUACUGCCCUGGGUGCCAUGUCCUGUCCUACCUUUGGAAGUCUAAUGCGCUAUUGCAGCAAACCUCCAUUUGCAAAGCCCCUCCUUGGGGUGGCUCAGAUUAUCAGGUCUCUUAGAAAUAUAAGAUUCUCUACCAGAUUCCUAAGUCUCUAAACCUCUUUAGAUAGCGAGUGAUGUUGGCACACAUCGCAGUACUAGAGAGGUUGAAGCAAGAGCAUUUUGAGUUCAAGGCCGGCCUUUAGCUCCGCAGUGAAUCUAACCUUUUUAAAGGCCUCUUUGGGGUUGAGCGUAUCACUUUGGUUAUGUAACUGUCCCCCUAAGUUCAUGAACAUUAUAUGCAGUAGUUAGGAAUGCUGCCUGGGCUCUCACUGCAGGGCUUUAUAGCAUCCCUGGCUCUCAUCUGCUCAGCUCAGUAGCAGCUCCCUGGCUUUCUCUUCUAAGCCGUUAACCGAGUAUGUGUUAGUUACACGGAGCUGGUCUUCCGUAUAAGUGAACUUGUGAGAACAGAACAUGGCCUUAGGGUCACCCAUAGGAGAGCAAUGAGACUGGAGAGGUAGUGCCCACUAGCUCUGUUUCUUGAGAACUCAAAGCUCAGUUGGCACUGAAGUGAUGCGUGGGAAACAGGAGUGAGUGUUAGGAGAACUGUGGCUGUUCUCACAGCUUUGGGAGCAUGAGGCAGUGCCCCAAAAGCGCCAUGACAGACCUGAAGCUGGCUCUGGUGAAAUGUCCGCACGAGUCACAACCUCUGGGGUGAUCCUUGCCAAUAACAUAAGGGACAGGCUUGUCGAGUAAGUUCCUUCAAGCGGUUAAGGAAAGCAGCGCUCUCAACACUGUCUCUCUCAGUUUCUGCAUCCACAGACCAAAGAGAGAGGCUGGGAGUGUGCUGGAUGCGGGAGAGAGGGAGGGUUGUAGAGGGAAUGAUGUGUGCAGGAAGGUGAGGAGAGCUAUAUCUGAACACCGUGGCUAAGCUGUGAAGGAACAGAGAGGUGUAAAUGUCAGGCUGGGGGUGAGGAGCAACAAGACUGCAAGGAAAAGCCGGGGCCAGAAAGGGACUGUCGCUGUCCUGUGUACCACGCUCCAGAACCUCAGCAUCACAGAAAAGCUCCCUGGGACCAGGUGGUGGCUCAGUAAAGUGCUUGCCUUCCAAGCACAAGGACCCAAGUUCAGAUUUCCAGCACUCAUAUAAAAAGUUGGGGUUGUUGACCAAAACCUGAAAUCCCAGUGCUGGAGAGGUGGGGACAAGAGGAUCCGCAGGCUUCCUGGCCAGCCAGUCUUAGGAAGUACCAGCUUCAGCAGGAGCCCCUACCUCGGAAAUUAAAGUAGGGGCUGGGGAGGCUCCAUUUAAUCAGUGUUCCUGUGGAGGGAUGGGAGAAUUAUAAAGAGACUCACGGCCUUCUAAACUGGAUGACUUGGCAAAGCAGCAGAAACAAGACAGUCCUGCCUCAAACAAGAUGGAAGGUAAGAAUUGACCCCUGAAAAUGCCUAAUGUGUUAACCUCUGAUACCCACUAGAACAUCACAGAUCCCCUCCUGGGAUGGUGACCCAUAGGACAGCUGGGCUUUGCUCAGCCAGCUAUCUGUGUAGGAGCUAGGACAGCAAACCAAGUAUGGUGGCUCACACCUGUAAUCCUGGCCCUUGGGAAGCUGAGGCAGGAGGACUGCUAUAAAUUCAACUCAGUCUGGUCUAUAUAGUGAAUUCCAGGCCAACCAGAGCUACACAGCAAGACCUUGUCUCAAAAGGAUCAUGCUAGCAAGUGCCAUUUUGGGGCCAGGUUAGGAGGUUCUGUCAUGCCCCACGAGCAUUCCAGGAAAGGCUCCGAGACUUUACACCUCAUCUGUCAGUCAUGCCUUGGCCUAGUUUCCAAUGAGAAGAUGAACUCUUGGUAGCGGGGAGGUGGUGUCCGUCCCCUCCUGGCCCUUCCACAGUGCUCCAGAUGUUGGUGUGCAGUGAACAGUUGAACAAUACAGGGGUUGGAGCACAUGUCUGCCCCCUCACUGAGGCCAAUGAUGACUGGAGAUCUUUCCAAGACCAGUCACGACAACUCCACAAGAAGACAGAGUGCUGCUCCUUAAUAGUUGUACUGAAAGAUGUGAAACUCUUAAAGGUGUAAGCAGUAUAGUUAUUUCCACUUUACAGUAGCAUCCCCUGGCCCAGUGCUCUUUCCACUGCCUUGACCACAGGGCAGGUCUGCCACCUGCCGUUUUGAUAGACCAGCAUCUCCAAGUGGUACCAUUGCUGGGGACAGCUCCUCGCUCCCUUCCCUAUCAUCCUAUCCCAUUCUGGGCACAGAACUUUUCCAGGUUACCCAGCGUGUGCUAAUUGUGAGAGAGCAGAGAGGUGCCAGCAAGGGUCAGAUGUCUUGAGACAGAGGAGGUGACAGAAUUCCUUUAAGGAGUUCCUCUGUUAGGUGAUGCCAAACAACCACACUACCAGGAGGGGGACUUUUUGCUUCACUUUAGCCUCAAGGAGAAGCUUUGAGGGCUGCUGUAACGACAAGAUAGCAGAAAUCUGGCGAGGGAGGGCCUUGGGAACCACUUUUGCUGUGGGGCGGUGCCACACACCAGGUUGCACAAAAACUGUGGUGGGCUUCUGCCGAGAAACUCCAGUGAGGCAGUGACCACCCCCGUGGCUUUGGGGGCGGAGCCUGAGAAGGGCGGAGCUCCGGGGCGGGGCGAGCUCAGCGCCUCCAGCGGGCUCCGCUGCUCCGACUGUAGUUUAAAAGGCUGGAAGGCGGGCUUCGCUAAUAUCCGAGUGCCAAAGAAGAACCGGCUUGGCACAGCCAUGACCGGGCGGACAAGGGGCUCUCGGCUGCUUCGCAGUCUCCUCCUCUUCGUGUUGUUCACUGCCGGCGUCGCUCCCUUCAAUUGGGAUCUCCCGGAGCCCCGCAGCCGCGCCAGCAAGAUCCGAGUGCACCCCCGGGGCAACCUCUGGGCGACUGGUCACUUCAUGGGCAAGAAAAGUCUGGAGCCCCCAAGACUGUCGCUGGUGGGGACAGCACCUCCCAACACCCAGAGGGACCAGAGGCUGCAGCUGAGUCACGAUCUGCUCAGAAGCCUCCUGCUAAAGAAAGCUUUAGGCAUGAACCCCAGUGGCCUGGCGUCCCCAAUUCAGGAGGUCGCUGGAGCCAGGACUGAAGAAGUGAUGCCAAUAACGGGACGAACACAACACGGCUUAGAAUGUGUCCAUCCAGGGCAGCUGCUGAAUGGAACCCCAGCAGUGGCCCCGUCCGAUGUAGAUCCUAAGCUCAAAUGUGUUACUCCCUUACUGUGAUUUCUGGUUGGAUCACCAGGAAUGUUGACGAUGCCGACAGCAAGGCUCUCCUGCUGCAUUUCUUGCUUCCCUGGUGAAGUUGCAAAUAAAAACACUGCUCUUUA